AUGGAUCGCGCCAUCUGCCAUCUGGGCAUCCGAGUCGCCGCCGCAUUGGGUGUCGGCCCUGCGCCACAGAAAUACUACAGGUCCUCCUCUGAUGGGCCUUCGUUGCAGUGUCAAGUGCUGACUAAUCAAAACAAUUUCUUAUAGGGAUCAUGCGACCCAAUCCAGUCAUAAAAGCGGGGAGCUCCUCCAAAAAGCGGCGCUUAGCAAGGUGAUCACUUUGGAGGAUGAUGAGGAUGAGGAUGAGAUGAGGAUGAGUUUGUGGAGGAAGAAAAUGGGGAUUUCAACAUGUAGACAUGUAGAAGUCUCUCUGCGCCAAAUUAGGCAAUUUCAUGUCUCAGAUCAAAUUGAUCUGUUCAGGUCAGAUCAAGAUCAGAUCACUCAAGGCAGAAUCAGAAAAAUUCAGAUCAGAUCUGAUCUGAGCUGUCGGUGAUCUGAUCUAAUGCGGACCCUUGGCAGCAACGAUGGCACUUGCACUCAUGUGCCGCGCCGAGCGCCACGACGUUGCUUCCGGUUGCUCGAGAUGACGACUCAGCCUCAGCGCCUCGAUUACGCUUGCGCGGAUGUUCUUCCGUCUCCGAGUCGUGCGGCGUGCGCACACUGGCCAGAGCGAUGAUCCUCUGGAACCGCAUCCAACUCUUCAAGACAUGGGUUGACUCCCACGUGUCGAUAUUCAUCUCCUAUGCUGUCGAAGCGGUAACGCGGCAGGGCGUUGCAGCAAUGCGGACCUCGGGAUUGAGAAGUGGAGCAUCGUUGUCGGUGCAAGCUUCGCGAUUGGGCUCAAGUUUGCCGGCACAGCGGCCGCGCAGGCCCACGGGACGUUAAAUUUGUUGAAUUGCAUUCUAUCAAGCGUUCGAACACUUCGACAUCGGGCCGCCGUUUGA